AUGUGCCCUCGGAAGGAAAUCACCGAUGCCGACCCCAAGGUGUUUUCCCGAGUCCAGCAUUAUCGCAUGGCCCUGUCCUGGAUCCCCAUUCAAAAGACAAAGUUCAAAGAUGUCCUGACGCGAAUGCACGUACCCUCAGUCUUUAUGGACAUGGUCAAGCGACCUAGAACUGUCUUCAAGAAGCUGAAGAGCUCUGUGCAGGGUCAGCCGUGUGAAGUGUACAUACUCUCCGUGGACUCGAUUUUGACUCAGUACACGGCCAUGAGCGUCACCUACUUUCCCAAUACCCAGCAAGUAUUUGGCCUCUUUCUAGGGUACGGUUCUCCCGACGACGUCACGGAUAUGACGUCCAAGCUCUUCAACAACAGAGGUUUCGUCGAUAAUCCGUUUGUUCUAAUAUCCGCCUUCCUAGAGCUCGAGAGGAAGCAUCGCCUCAAGCAGGUAGACGAUAUGAUUGAUGGGCUAAGAAUCAAGAUUAGCAAAGGCCAACACCUCCAGAAGUCCGAUGAGAGUUCUGAAGAUCAGCCCGAGACCUUUUACGAGCUGUACAACCAGGUCGGCGUGCUCAGAUCCCAACUCAACAUGUGGAAGCUACAGCUCGACAAGCUUCUCAACGCAUGCCCGCAUCUCCCCACAUUCAACACUCUAGGCACCGAGGGCUUUGUGCUCGAACCUGCAGACUACGUCACCGAAGUUCGCGAAAUCUUUGAGGAGAGUGCCAUGAGAUGCGAAAACGUCAUGCAGGCGACCUCCCUUGCCUUUCAAAAGGCUUGCCUCCAAACCCCUCGCAAAAGAUGA